CACCUGAAACAGACGGACGGGGCUGAUUAUUCCGUCAUGGCGAGUGCUCAGCUCCCCUCCCUAGAUGGGUGUGUCUGACCUGCCCAUUGAGGUUCAAUCCGCGUUAUCUGUUCCUCCCUGGUGUCGAUGGCUCCCCAAUGGAACACCACUCUGUUAUUCGAUGGCGGAUGCGAAUGUCGGUCUAGAUGGCGUCAAAGUCUCCUACUCGUGCAUAGAUCAGCAUGGAGGUUGAGUGAUUGAUUGAUUGCACCACCACUCGACCCAUACAUACCAGGCUGCAGCAUUUCUUCAGGUCGAGAAAUAACACCUCUGGCCCCUCACCGCAGCCAUCAGGCAUCCUCGAUUUCUUCCUUAUUAGACCGAGUCCGCUUCUCUCCUGGACGACACUCCAUUGACGCGGAUGCAUGUGGUGUUAUUGCGUCGCUGAGCACCAUGAUGUCGCCUGACGCCGUUCAAUUUGAGAACAGCCGCGAAGAAGGUCUUGCAGAUUCCGCGCCAUUACUGGGCACUGCAUCCAAUGUCGGCGACGACGGCGAACGAAAGAACCAUUCCAGGCUUCUCCUGAAGAUCUACAUCGUCGUGUUCUGCCUCAACCUCGCAUUCCAGAUCCUGGCUCCCGCCCAGACCCAGAUCUACGAGUCCAUCUACUGCUCGCAAUGGUACCGCCGGCACCCAGUCGAUUCCUUGCCACCGUCCAGCGAGAUCCCAGAGUCGUACUGCAAGAUUGGCCCUGUGCAGACGCAGGUGUCCACACUGAAGGGAUGGUACGAAUUCUUUGCCGCAGCUCCGGGGCUUCUGAUGAGCAUCCCCAUGGGAAUCCUCACCGACGCCAUCGGUCGACGACACCUGCUGAUCCUCAACAUCACUGUCCUUUGCCUGACACAGGUGUGGACGACGUUUGUCACCUGGUUUGAGGGCCAGAUUCCUCUUCGGGCUAUCUGGCUGGGGGCUGGUCUCAACCUCGUGAGCGGCGGGGUUGUCGUGACAGAAUUGGUUUUUGUGUGUGUCUUGACCGAUGUCAGCCCGGGUGACCGAGUGGUAGAGACAUUCUUCCGCUCCACCGCGUGCGGAUACUUCAGCAAGGUCAUCGGGCCCGUCCUCGCCGCGACCCUCAUGCGGCGUGAUCCGUGGCUCGCCAUUUACCUUGGACUCGCGCUCCUAGUCAUCACGGUGAUCCUCGUCGCAACCGUCCCAGAAACGGUGCACCUGCAAGUCACCGCACGGAACGAACAGGCCGAAGCGCAUGGUGACCAGGACCCCACCGCCACAGAUGCCCGAGGGCGCAGCACAUGGCGACAACUCGACCUGUCCCGCCUGGUCAAGAUCUGGAGCGACUGGCGCCUCAUCUUCGUCGCGCUGACGUACCCGUUCCGGCUGAUCUGCUACGCGCUGAGCGACCUGCUCCAGCGGUACGUGUCGGACCGGUACGGCUGGACGCUGGCGGACGCGACACUGGUCUACUCGCUGCAAGCCGUGGCGGCGGGGCUGGUGCUGUUCACGCUGCUGCCGGGCGUCUCGGCGCGGCUGGACGCGCGGUACGCGUUCAGCCCGGUGCAGAAGAACGUGGUGCUGUCGCGGGCCUCGCUGGCCGUGCUGGCCGUCGCCUUCGCCGUCAUCGGCCUGGCGCCGCACCCGGCCGUCCUGGCCGUCGGCCUCCUGGUCGAGACCCUGUCGACGGGCUUCCCCGCGACGCUGCGCGCGCUGGCCGCCGCCCUGAUCGACGCCGACGACAAGGGCCGCGUCUUCUCCGUGCUCGCCAUCGCCGAGACCCUCAGCGUCAUGCUCGCCUACCCCGUCACCGCCGCCCUGUUCAACGCCGGCCUCGACCGCGGCGGCGGCCCCUGGCUCGGCUUGCCCUACGACGUCAUCGCCGUGGCCGCCGCCCUGGCCUGCGCCGUCAUGUGUCUUCUCCGUUUUGAGCGGCCUGUGCGGGUUGCGUGAGGGUCAUUUCGUCAGUCGGGACAACAGUCGGAUUACUCGCCUAAAGGAACGGAAUCGACAUUUCGAUGUAUCACACACAUACGGUGACUGGAUUUUGGAGAUCCUUGGCUACAUCAAAAGAUUAGUGUUUUCUGGAUCAAUCAAACACACCCUAAUGAGAUGGAUGAAGUGGGCGUUCUAAAUUUUGUCGUUGAUUAGCUUCUGCGGACUGGGCCGCUGGCUCUGAUACACACAACACAUACAGUUACCCAUAGACACACAUGUAAUAUCCGUAGAGUAUAUAGUGCAUGCCCAGGUAUCUUAACAUCCAGCUUUGCCUGACACUGAUCCAGGGUUCAUUCAGGUUGAACCUCGAUGCUAUCACACCGGGGGUAUAGAUGCAAGGGCUCCGAUGUAGAUAUCUCGCUACCUAGGUUCAUGCCAGCGA